AUGCGGCUUCUACUAUUGCUCUCCGCAGGAAUCUUAGCGCCUAUCACUGGCCUUGCUGCCCCGGCUAGAGACGUUUCUGUCUCUGAGCUUGUGCCACACCAUGAAUCUCUCCACAAGAGAGAAAACCUGUGCAACUUGAAAGCACCUCCCGCCCUCUGUCAACCAAAUGCCUCGGUAACUGUGGAGGAGACAGCACUGAGGGCGUACGAGUUCUAUCGUGCGUUUGUGGUUGAUGGCGAUCCCAGGACGAUGUUCUCCCUCAUAGAUUCAACUUAUAAGCAACAUCAUCCAGGGUACGCGGACGGCCCGAACAACAUUUGGUCCCUUUUCUGCACUGGGAACAAGAUAGGAAGCGAGCAAAGCACCAGUUGGUGCUUCGAUGCUAGUACAAACAUGUCAUACGCGCAGUACUCAACUACGGACAGAUGGCUCUGGGUCGAUGGUUGCGUCCACGAACACUGGGAUCAGAAUGAGUCGAUUCCAAAAGAUAAGUGCUACAAAUUGGACACCGGAGGCACAUAA